GGGGUUAACAUAUGUUUACAAAUCGAGUGUUUGUUAAAACGAAAGUAUUAACUUAUUUGCCCUGGGGGGAACGAUUAUCUUAUUACGUACCAGUAAAUAUACCAAACGCCUACUCGCAUCAAAUGUUGUAACAAAAUGACACUGUUAUUCUUUUCUAUAGUCGUUGUGGAAUAAUAGAAAUACCGCAGUAUGAUGAUUUAGAAGUAGAUACGUCGAUUGAUUUGUUUAUUGCAAAUAUGUUAACAAAAUUUAAACAUGACAACUGAUUUAAGUUCAGCUUCUAUACCUGUAGUGUACAGGGAACUUUACAAUAAAUGCUCGAAUAAUGACAACUCUAUACAAAAAGAAGUUUAUCAAGCUUUUUUAUCACAAUGUAAUCUGGAAUCUUCAAGCUUAAAAAUUAUUUGGAAUUUAGUUGGCCCUUCUAAAGAUUCACAUGGUACAGUAAAUAGAACAAAUUUUUACAAGACAUUGGCACUAAUUGCCUGGGCACAGCAAGGAAAAUCUAUAUCUAAUAAAUUAUUUGAUAGCUUUACUGGGGAUGAAUAUCCUACCCCUAGAAUUAGUAACUUGAAUUCGGUGCUAAGUAUCAAACAAAAGUUAGUCUUAGAAGAUACAGCUUCAGUCAAUAAUAAUUACCAAAAACUUGUGUCUAUUGAUAUAGUAAAUGUACAACUAGUACCUGAAAAAAAGGGGCUUUUCUUAAAGUACUCAGAAUAUAUAGUUACCUCAAAACGCUUUGGAUAUAAAGUGACUAGAAGGUAUAAUGACUUUGUUGCAUUGCAAGAAUUGUUGUUAAAUCGAUUUCCUUAUAGGUUAAUUCCAAACUUGCCCCCUAAGAAAAUUAUUAUCAACGAUAACCAAUUUCUAGAGGAAAGGACUAGAGGUUUGCAAAGAUGGCUUACCUUGGUGUGUAGACAUCCUAUUUUAUGUCAUGACAGUUUAGUCAGUUUCUUUUUAACAGAUGAGGCAUCUGAUUUACAACAUCGCAUUCGGAAUAUAUUUCGCAAAGUUCCAGACGAAUUUAUGACAUCAGAUUUAGCGGCUACAGCUAAGGACUUGGUACCAAGUGAAAAUGGACAAAUUGCCUCCAAUCGUGAGUGUAUCAGAUCUCUCGUAAAUGUUAUUGGAAGAUUGAAGCUAGAUAUUGAAUCAUUGAUUAGUCAUAAUCACGAUACUGCCAGAGAGAUAGAGGAUAUUUCAAUGCAACUUAAGCAUAUCAGUUCCAUGAAUAUUGGCUCUGACCAACAUUUUGUAGAGAAUUGGGGAAAUGUACAGAGAAAUUUUGAUGUAACAUCUAGCGAAUUACAUGCCAUAUCUUCAGCUUCACUAAAACAAGCAGAUACUGAACGAAAAAUUGUUUGUGAAAAACUUUCACUUAUUUAUGACAUUUUAGUUGCUCACAAAGAACUGUGUGAGAGAUUAGAAAAAGGGCUCGCGCACGAUCAUCAAAUGGCAUUGUCAAAAAUGCUAGCACUAAAAAAGAAGAAAUUACAAGGAGCGAUUCGAGGUACCAAUUCAGAAAGCAUUGAACAGUUAGAAGCCAAGAUGUUAGCUCAAGAAAAUAUAAUUUCGAACAUUGAUUUGAGAACAGAUUUUAGUCUAUAUUGUGUACACACGGAAACUCAAUUAGUAUUUACGUAUCUAGGUACUAUACCAUCAAUAAUCUCAAACUUUAUUGAUUUAAAGACAAAAUCACAUAUCGAAUUCUUGAACCUUUGGAGGAGUUUACAAUCACACUAUACCACUGGAGAACACACUAAUUCAAAUGGGAUAAAUUAACAAUACCUA